CAAGAUGGCUGUCCUGGGGAGGAGAGGCUCUUUCUCCCUCCACGUAAAAACGGCCUUUUAACGCAGCCGUCGUCAUGUGAAAGGCUCAUUAGGCGAUAGCUCCGACAGCUCGUAGGGGACGACUUUACACGCGUUAAAGGCGUCGCUUUGUCGGGGAGGACGUCGUGGUGUUUUGAGACGGAAGGUUUUCCUGACGGGUUUAAUGGUGUCUAGAUGAGUUAUGGUCUAACUCCACAAGUGUGUCAGAAGUUUUUGCGUUUUUUUGCACAACGUUUAACUCUUGCGUUCACAUGCCCCGCACGACAUAGAGACAGAAUAACAUGAGCUCAGCCCGAGUCAGACCGCAGCAGCCACCGCAGAGCCAGACGGGCAGGGCGCCGCAGAGACUGGACCCGGGAGAAGGGAUCGAGAUGGAGAACAUCCAGCAUCAGGAUCUGGGGCUCGGGGGAGUCAUAGGCACCCCGUCCCCUCCGUCGAGACAAGCCUGGAGUCGGGACAACCCCGGGUUUGAGCCCGAGGACGAGAUUAUGGAGGCAGACUGGCCUCCGGCGAGUCCCGGGAGGAGGUCGGUGUCCACGGCCUCCAGCAGCAGCUGCAGCAGCGGCCUGGGCAGCUACACCGGAGCGGGCAGCAGCACCCACAUCACCCGGGGAGGACUGUACCCGACCCCGACUGUGGAUGCCCGGCAGCAGGACAGGCACGACCACCGCAGCUGUAUGAAGCAGAUACUCCAGAAGAUCAGAAUUCUGUGGGGUACAGAGCUGAUGGAGGACAAUGACAGCAGUCGAGAGAGGUAUCUCAGGAACGUACUGAGGGAGAUGAUUACAUACAUCACAUUCCUCAUCACUAUUUGUAUCUUGACUUAUGGGAUGGUGAGUGCCAAUAUGUACUACUAUACCAAAGUCAUGUCUCAGCUUUUUUUGGACACUCCGCUGUCUGCCGGGGACCCUUCCUCCUUUAGAAGCCUCUCAUCCAUGGAUGACUUCUGGAAGUUCACAGAGGGACCUUUCCUCAACGGCAUGUACUGGGAGGUGUGGUACAACAACAAGAGCCUUCCAGAGAAUCAGAGUCUCAUCUACUACGAGAACCUCCUCCUUGGGGUGCCACGGCUCCGGCAGGUCAAAGUCCGAAACGAGUCCUGCUCCGUCCACGAAGAUCUGAGAGACGAGGUUCUGGACUGCUACAACAUGUACACCCCAACCAACGAGGACACGUCCCCCUUUGGCCCCAAAAAUGGAACCGCUUGGGUGUUUACAGCAGAGAAUGACAUGAAUGGGAGCAGUUAUGUAGGCCAGAUAUCUAAAUAUGGAGGAGGAGGAUACCACCAAGACCUGUCUCGUACUAAAGAGGAGUCAGCAGCCCAACUGCAGUUUCUCAAAGACCAACUGUGGUUGGACAGAGGCACCAGAGCGGUGUUUCUCGACUUCUCUGUCUACAAUGGGAACAUCAACCUUUUCUGCAUCGCCAGGUUGUUGGUGGAGUUUCCUGCUACUGGUGGGGUGGUGACCUCCUGGCAGUUCCAAACAGUGCGUCUGAUACGAUAUGUGUCCAGCUGGGACUACUUUGUGGGUCUGUGUGAGGUGGUGUUCUGUAUAUUCAUCCUCUACUACAUGGUGGAGGAAGUGCUGGAGAUCCGCAUCCACCGCUUGCAUUACUUCAAGAGCCUGUGGAACUGUCUGGAUGUCCUCAUUGUCGUGAUGAGUGUUGUUGCCAUUAUUAUGAACGUAACCAGAACAGCCAUGGUUGGCAACCGUCUGAAAGGCCUGUUGGAGAACCACACUGCUCACCCUAGUUUUGAGGCUUUGGCGAACCUGCAGAUCCAGUUCAACAACAUGGCUGCAGUCAUCGUCUUUUUCUCCUGGGUCAAGCUUUUUAAGUUCAUCAACUUCAAUAAGACCAUGAGCCAGCUGUCCGGCACCAUGUCUCGCUGUGCCAAGGACCUUGUGGGUUUUGCCAUCAUGUUCUUCAUCAUCUUCCUAGCGUAUGCUCAACUAGCCUACCUGGUGUUUGGAACCCAAGUCAACGAUUUCAGCACUUUCCAAGCCAGCAUAUUUACCCAGUUCCGCAUCAUUCUGGGAGACUUUGAGUUCUCAGAAAUAGAGGAGGCAAAUCCAGUGCUUGGACCCAUCUACUAUACAACCUUUGUCUUCUUCAUUUUCUUUAUCCUCAUGAACAUGUUCCUGGCCAUCAUCAAUGACACAUACUCUGAGGUGAAGGCCGACAUGUCACAGCAGAGGUCUGAGAUGGAAAUGACGGAUCUCCUUAAGAAGGGCUGUAACAAAGCUUUGAUGAAGUUGAGACUAAAGAAGACGGCAGUAGACGACAUCUCCGACAGUUUGCGUCAGGCCGGGGGAAAACUGAACAUUAAUGAACUCCGGCAGGAUCUUAAAGGAAAGGGCCACACAGACGCAGAGAUUCAGGCCAUCUUUGCCAAGUACGAUCACGAUGGCGACCAGGAGCUGACGGAGCAUGAACACCAGCAGAUGAGAGACGACCUGGAGAAAGAAAGAGAGGACUUGGAUCUGGAACGCAAUUCGCUGACUAGACCCAGCAGUGGGCGGAGCUUUCCUCGCACACAGGACGACUCGGAAGAAGACGAUGAUGAGGAUAGCGGCCAUAGCUCUCGUCGUCGCGGCAGCAGCUCAGGGGGUGUCUCCUAUGAAGAGUUUCAAGUGCUGGUGAGACGUGUGGACAGAAUGGAGCACUCAAUCGGCAGCAUUGUGUCCAAAAUAGACGCUGUGAUUGUGAAGUUGGAAACCAUGGAGAGAGCUGUGCUCAAAAGAAGAGAUGUUCUGGGCAGACUGCUGGACGGAGUCAUGGAGGAUGAGCGUCUGGGACGGGACACAGACGUCCACAGUGAGCUGAUGGAGAGGCUGGUGAGGGAGGAACUGGAGCGCUGCGAGUCUGAUGAUGUGGUCUCACAGGUCAGCCACCAACAACCCGCCACUCCUGUCGGCCCCCGGCCCCGUCCGUCCUCUUCCCUUUCCAGCGACGGCCUCGACAUGACCACAAACGGGAGCAACCAUGUGUGAGGACUUGGCCCGGUGAAGGAUAUUCCACACUGGCAAAAAAAAAACUCUCUAGUGGAAAUAUCCAUGAAGCGGAACAAGAAACCAAGACAAUAUUUUAUGAGGGAACUACAAAGGAGGUGACAAAAUCAAACGCAGUUCACCUCAAAUACUUAAAUGCACUGAAAGUGAGUGAGGUUCUCCUCUGAGACAUCUAAAUGUAUUCACUAAAGCUAUUAUCAAGUAUUACUUAAACAGGAUGAUGAAAUAUAAAAAUGUGGAAGAAUAACAAAGGAUUUACAGUUCAGUGUUACAUCACAGUAUUAGAUACAGUAUUGGAUAUAAUACACCAGCCUGCAUUCAUACUCAGUUGUAAAGCGUAUGAUUUUAUUAUUCCAUGAGAAAUAUGCUCACCUGCUUUUGAUUACUGUAUCCACACAUUUACACAAAUACCAAAAAUGUAUUUCUGUUAAUUAUUGUUUGCAUAAUUUUAAUACAAAGUAGGUACAAGUGUGGCACAUUCUGUCAUAUUUACUUAUCCUAUGUACAUCAAUUAAGCUUCAAAUUAAAUAGCUUAUCUUAUUAUGAUACAUAUUGUAACUUAAAACAAACUUCGAUUUGGAGUGCAUCUAAUGUUCAUGGGAAACCCAUGCAUUUAUUAUUUUUCUCUGUGCCUUACAUUUUUUACAAUCUAUUUCUUUUUUUAAUCUGUUAUGCCAAAUAAAGUGUUA